GAUUGAACAGGUAAAUCACAAUUUAACCAGCAGUAGUGUCAAUGCUAUUACUAGGUUAAAAGUCCAGAAGCCGAUAGCAUCUCGUAACAAACCAACGACGGCAUGUUGGUUAUGUGGUGAUUGGCACUACGUACGAUUUUGUCCAUUUAAAAAACAUAAAUGUCAGAUGUGCCAUAAACGUGGACAUAAAGAAGGCCAUUGCCAACCAGAUCGUACGUCUCAGCCCAAGAAGAAGCGCAAACGUACUCGACAUGUGGUGAAAUCAGCCGAGUCUAAAUCACUUUCUCUUGUAGCUGCUUUUCAAACAGACUAUGACGUUCGGAGAAAGUAUGUUACUAUCCAGAUGAACGGUGCAUCAGCUCGUUUCCAAAUCGACACGGCAUCAGAUAUCACCUUAAUGUCUAGAGAAACGUACAACAUGCUGGGAAAACCGCCAAUGAAGCCAUCUAAGAAAACAGCUAAAAGCGCUUCAGGUGGUGUGUUAAAACUGGUUGGUGAGAUACACUGUGAAUUUUCCUUCAACGGAACUAAAUGUACAGGUAUAUGCUAUCUGACAGAACGGCCAAACCUUGAUCUUCUUGGUCUAGAUAUGCUAGAAAAGCUGGGAAUAAUGGAUGUACCCAUUAACAGUGUCUGCAACAUAUCGUGUUCAUCAUUGGAUACCCCGAUACUUAAAAAGAAGACAGGUGAAAGAUUACGUGAAAAACUGAAGGAAAAGUUUGCCUCUGUUUUUCAGAAUAACCUUGGCCUCUGUACCAAGAUGAAAGCUCACUUACCAUUGAAAUCAGAUGCGAAACCUAUUUUUCGUCCGAGACGUCCUGUACCAUAUGCCACUCUUGAGCUAGUCGAUCUGGAACUUAAUCGCUUACAACAGGCCGGGGUAAUUCAACCAGUCAAUUACUCUUCAUGGGCUGCACCGAUCGUAGUGAUUAAGAAAGCUAAUGGAACUAUACGCAUUUGUGCCGAUUUCUCAACUGGUUUAAAUGCUGCAUUGGAUGUGUAUCAGUAUCCGUUACCAGUUCCUGAAGAUCUGUUUGCCAAGCUUAAUGGUGGUACAUGUUUCGCGAAAAUAGACUUUUCCGAUGCCUAUCUACAAGUAGAAGUAGAUGAAGAUAGUAGAGAGCUCCUGACUAUUAACACCCAUCGAGGGCUAUUUCAAUACACUCGUCUACCAUUUGGCAUCAAGACCGCACCGGCUAUCUUUCAGCAAAUAAUGGAUACGAUGCUAACAGGUAUACCUGGGACAGCAGCUUAUCUAGAUGAUAUCAUAGUUAUGGGUUCAAGUGACAGUGAACUGUCAGAUCGACUACAUCAAGUCCUUAACCGAGUGUUGGAGUAUGGUUUCCAACUACGUGAAGAAAAGUGUAUCUUCUUCAUGCAUUCGAUCAAAUACCUUGGUUUCAUCUUAGAUAAGAACGGUCGCCGACCAGACCCAGCCAACAUCGAAGCCAUUCAGAAGAUGCCUGCACCAACUGAUGUCUCUUCAUUAAGAUCUUUCUUGGGGCUAAUCAGUCAUUACAGCGCAUUCCUGCCUGAAAUGCAUCGAGUGAGAGGUCCUUUGAAUGAAUUACUAUCAAAAGAUAAACCUUGGCAGUGGUCAGCAGAAUGUCAAGCAUCUUUCGAUAAAGUCAAGUCGAUGCUCAGCUCAAAGCUUCUUUUGACACACUUCGACCCCAGCUUGGGUAUUGUCGUUGCAUCUGACGCCUCUAGUUAUGGAGUUGGAGCAGUAAUAUCUCAUGUGUUUCCGGAUAAAUCAGAGAAAACAAUUGCCCAUGCUGCCAGAUCUCUCACCCCAGCCGAGCGAAAUUACAGUCAAAUUGAGAAAGAAGCUCUUGCAAUUAUUUUCGCUGUCAAAAGAUUUCAUAAAAUGCUCUAUGGGCGUAAGUUUACGCUACUGACAGAUCACAAGCCUUUGAUUGCAAUCUUUGGUUCUAAGAAAGGAAUCCCUGUCUAUACGGCUAAUAGAUUACAGCGCUGGGCAACGAUGCUCCUGAGUUAUGAUUUCAAUAUCAAGUAUCAGUCGACAAAUACUAUCGGUCAAGCGGACGCUCUCUCUCGAUUAAUUGGGGUUCAGCAUCCUGAACCAGAGGACAUAAUCAUUGCCUCAACAGCAGUAGACCCAGAAAUAAGGAGUGUAGUAGCAGACGCCAUUCGAAACACUCCAGUGUCGUCAGAGGAAGUCAGAGAAGAAACUCUUCGAGACCCACUUCUACAAGAAGUUAGAAAGUUUCACCUGGAAGGUUGGCCUUCGAAGAUCAACUCUUCAGAGCUUCAACAGUUUUACCAACGUAGACUCUCUCUUUCAAUCAUCGACGACUGCCUGCUGUUUGCCGAACGAGUCAUAAUCCCAGCGAAGCUACAACCAGCAGUGCUAAAACAGUUGCACGUGGGACAUCCUGGAAUAAAUCGCAUGAAAGCACUAGCACGAAGUUAUGUAUACUGGCCGCACUUAGACACCCAGCUAGAGCAGCUAUCCCGUUCGUGUACCAAAUGUGCAUUAGCAGCAAAAGCACCGCGCAAAGCAGAGUUGCAAUCAUGGCCAAUACCACAGUCACCGUGGCAGCGUAUACAUUUGGACUUUGCUGGUCCACUUCAUGGACAAACUUACCUUUUGGUAGUUGAUGCAUACAGUAAGUGGCCAGAAAUUUUCUUGAUGAAACACCCAACUGCAAGUUGUACAGUCAGUAAAUUACGUAAACUAUUCAGUCGUUUCGGAGUCCCGGAAUUGAUAGUUACUGACAACGGGACACAGUUUACGUCCGCAGUCUUCUCGCAAUUUUGCCGGCAGAACGGAAUCUGUCACGUCCGAACACCUCCAUUCCAUCCGCAAUCAAAUGGUCAAGUAGAACGCUUUGUGAGCACAUUUAAAAAUGCUCUAAAAAAAUCCAAAGGGGAGGGGACCACCGAAGAGAUCUUAGAGAGGUUCCUGCUUAUUUAUCGCUCUACACCGAACCCUCAGACGAUUGACGGAGUCUCACCGGCGGAAGCUCUACUUGGUAGAAAAUUACGAACACAUUUUGAUGUCAUCCGUCCUACACCAGCUCUUGAGCCUCAGCGAAACCUGUCGAUGUAGAAGCAGUUCAAUCGACACCAUGGGGCAAAAAGACGAUCGUUCACAGUGGGCCAGAAGGUACUUGCUAUGGACUAUCGUGGAAAACAUCCUGCAUGGACAGCUGGUCGGAUUUUAAAAAAGAAAGGAAAUGUGACUUAUGAGGUGUCAGUUGGCUCAGAAGUUUGGGUACGUCAUGCUAACCAACUGAAAGAAACUGCGAUAGCCAGCGACGGGACUCGGCACAGAAUACCCCUCGACGUUCUGCUAGACACCUUCAAAAUCAAAACGCCUGGAACACACAAGUCAGUUUCUGUGCAAGCAAAGAGUGACACAACUUCCUUAUUGCCGAGAAGAUGGACUAAUCGAAAGUACAAGCCAGUUUCUCGGUUGCAGUUGGACCCUAGCACCAGAUCCUAC